GGCGUGUCCUGCUCAGCAGUCCAGACGCCAUGGGUCUUCUCAAAGAAGUCUACCAUAAAACGGAGCCAUCUGAAAAGGAGUUGUAGGGUCGAUCACAUUGUGUUUUUAUAUAGGCUAAACUAUCUAACUGUCUAGAUUAUCACCUACUCACGCCACUGCACCACGAUGCCUUCAAUUCAAAGCUUAACCAUGUAUAUCGACGCGCUGAAUGAGCACGAGACGUUUUCGGAAGGAGACACUAUUGCUGGAAAAAUAACUCUGGUCUUAAUAAAGGAGACGAAAGUAGAAAGCCUGUUUGUCAAAGCGAAAGGGGACGCUAAUGUGCGAUGGACGCGAAAGCAAGGCGACAAGACGUACACAUACUCUGCAAACAAGAGAUAUUUCAAACUGAAGGACUUUUUAAUUCCGGAGCAAACCAAGGACACUUUACUUCCCCAAGGAAUCCAUGUCUAUAAAUUCAACUUUCGCAUACCCCCAGGAAGCUUUCCGUCAUCGUUCCGCGGCCAUCAUGGAAAGAUUGUCUACAUGCUGCAGACAAAGCUGUCCAGGAGUUGGAGGAUGGACCGUACAGUCGAUAAGGAGAUCAAUUUUGUCUCAAAGUCCAUUCCAAACCUUCAGUCGCUGAUGUUGCAGCAAGUUGGUUCAAUCAAAAAAGAGAUGGGUCUUUUCUCUAAAGGAAAUGUGCACAUGGAUGCCACUAUUGACAAAGGGGUUUGCACUGCAGGUGAAACUUUGAUGGUUGUUGCAAAAAUCAACAAUUCUUCUUCAAGUGAGAUGACUCCCAAAUUCCGUUUAAUCCAGGAUGUGGUGUACCGUGCCAACGGAAGUACCAAACAUGAAAGCAACACUAUAUUGAAAAUGCACGACAACUCCAUCAAAGCCCAAACACAGAAGGAGGUUAGGUGUGAAAUGAAGCUCCCAAGGGAUAUGGGACAGUCCAUCCACAAUUGUGAUAUCAUUUCAGUGGCGUACGAAUUGAAGGUGUACCUGGACAUCAGUUUUGCUUUCGACCCAGAGAUUGUGUUUCCGUUGGUCAUAUGUUCUCCUAGCUUAGCUUCUGCCCUUCAGCCUGGUGUGGAUGCAGGUCCCACUCCAUCAGGGGCCUAUGGGGGUCCAAGCAACAUCAACUCCCCUUCCCAUGCAGUGCCUUUUGGUCCAUAUCCUCAAUCUCCACAAUCAGGUGGUUAUGGAUACCCAGGAGUCCAAAGUUAUUCACCAUCACAUGUGCCUCCAAAUUACCCACCAGUGAAUGCUGCUCCACCAAGUGUCUUCUGUGCUCAACCAGUUCAUGUGAGCUGGGGCUACAACAACACGCCCCCACGGCAGGAUUCUCCAUAUGGAUAUCCAUUUUCGUCUUCAUCAUCUUCGCUUCAUCCUCCACCUACUGCCCCAACAUUUCCCCCAACCCGAAGUGCCCCAGAGCUCCAACCCCCACCCCAGAGUGCCCCAGAGCUCCAACCCCCACCCCAGAGUGCCCCAGAGCUCCAACCCCCACCCCAGAGUGCCCCAGAGCUCCAACCUUCCCCUGCUCCACAAUAUAACAUAUCACCACCUGCUCCUGCAUACAACCUGCUGCCCUCUGCGCCAGUGAUGAACACAGACUUCCUGUCUCAGUCUGAUGAUGCUCCUCCAGCAUAUUCACUCCUUUUCCCCUCUUCUACUACCGAACAGUCUGAUGCAAGAUAAUAGAACAUAGCCUGGAUGACUAAAUCUGUAUACUUUUAUGUUUCAGAGCUCACCACUAACUUUUAAAUGGCAUAAGCUCUUGAUUUGAAAGACUGAAAUAUAUCGGGCAUUAUCGCUUACCCUGUGUAUUGAGUAAUUGGUUUAUGACAAAGUUAUACCUCAGAUUCAUCAUGUAACAUUAUAUGGGUUGAAAUAAGCCAUAUUUCAUUUCAUUUCAUUUUUGAUUUAUUUGCUCAUUUCAGUGUAUGAUUUCAAAACAAUAACACACACUAUGAAAUAUUUUCUCAUGUUAUUUAUAAACUGUCCAUGAACAUCAGGAGCAGGAGGAAGAAAACAUGAUACCUGCCCCUUUCUUAAUAACACAAGUUACUGUUGAAACAAAAUCAGAUGACUAACCUGUUGUUUUUGUUUUAUUUUACAAAUCAAGAAAUAAUUCAACAAUACCUACAGAAACAAUCAAAUACAAUAUAUAAACGUAACCAAAAGGUUUGCAAUGUUUUUCUCAUUUAAACCUGUUCUCUUUUUGUUGUCCUUAUGCUUGUAUGUUUAAAAGUGGUCACGUUGCUAGUUAUGCAAACAGUACCAUUGAGUCUACUAAACUAGUGUUAUUAAAGCAGACAUUGUGUGCUAUAUUUAAAGUAAGCAUGCCAACAAUUAUAUACAAACAUAGACAUAUUACAUGUGACUGUGGUUUUUCUGGUUAGUUCAGGUUCCUGUUAGCUUAAGAUAACUAAUGCUUCAAUUACUCAGACCUCUGUGUGAUAAAGGUUGUGUAAUUUAUGUGCCUUGUUCAACUCAAGUGUCCUAAUGUUUUUUACAGGGUAUAUAUAAUCUUUAUUAUAUAGGCUACCCACUCUUUCUACCUCGCUUUUCGGUUUUGCAGUUUGGCUGAAAGAAUCUGAACAGGAAGCCUACCAUAUCACUAAAAAUGUAUUGAACUUUUUAAUAUUACAUUUCUAGAAAGCCUAUAGAUGUGUUCUAUAAGUUAAAGUGUUUUUAUUUUGUGAGACUUAUCACAAUAUACUGUUCAAACCUGAUCUGUUUCACUCUCAAAUUGCCAUUGUUUUCUCUGAGUUGUUGAUCAAAAUAAAGACCUGCCAUCUUGUGAAUGUU